AUGGCAAAGCUCAACGAUCCACCCCUUCCACCCACGGAAAGUCUUGAGUCCUUGAAACGUCGCUUUAUCCGCCAAAACCGCGACAUCGCCCGCAUCAACUCGACGCAGUCGCAGCGCAUCCGCAACCUCGAGACCGAGAUCUCCCGCCUCGUGGCCGAGAACAUAUCCCUGAGAGAACAAGCCAUCGCGGCACAGGCGGAGGCAGAACGAUGGCGCGCCGCGAGUUCGGUCAGUGCGGACAUUCUCGACUUGCGGGACCGGCUGAACAGGAAGGUCGAGGAGGUCGCCGAGAUGCUGGUCGAGAUGGGCAAUCUACCAGAAAAGGCGGCCAGAAAGGGACGGCGGAGAAGCCGGCUUGCCAGAGAGACGAUGAGCAGUGCGACAGAACAAGAAUGGAGGAACAGGCAGUCGACCAGAGAAGCAUUGGCUCAAGAGAGGGGAGGAGAUUUCUAUGACGGACGGCUGCCUGCGAUCCACGAGGAUAAGCUGUAUCCGCGACGGACACUGGAGAAUACCGAAUUGGUGGCCUUGCGGGAAGAAGCUGCCCUGCAACAAGCGUCCGAGUCGCCGGAACUGGGACCUCCGCCUGUUGUUCAUUUUGACGUCGUUUCCGACCCCCCCGGGCUCGACUCGGCACGAACAUCCGAGGAUGAGAAUGUCGUUGGAGAAGUCAUGCAGCUACCAUCACUCCUGGAGAGGAGGCGAAAGCGUCGAACGAGCACCUUGAUCCACGACCUACCGACGGAAGAAACGUCGGGACCAGAUGUAAUGCCGAGUCAGCAGCUAUUGAAGUCAGGUGCCAAGAGGAAACUGGAUGUCUCCGAGCUCGACGAGCCGGUUCUUCAACAGCCGUCCAGUGAGAACGAUGACUUUGUCUUUCAACGCCGGCAAGAGAUCUGGAGCAACGCAACCGUCAACAGCAAAAAGGCCUCGAGGUUCACGAGGCCGCCAGGGCGGGAAAAUGAGGAUGCGACGGAUAUGGUGAAGCAGCAGAGCCCCCAGAAGCAUACAAACGCCAACAGGAAGAUCCUCGCACCCAAGAGUACAAACUCCCCGGCGAAGAGAAGGGUACAAGUGCCCGAAAAGCUCAAAGACGACCGAGAUCUGCAGGAAACCCGUCCAGCCAUCAAACCGACACGACAGAAAGACCCUCAGGCACGUGCGGCGAUGGCAAACGUCCCUGGGGUGUUGAAUGAUCACGAUGUGGUGAAGGACAUUCCGCCAAAGACCCCGGCGGCAGAAGCGGGCGACAUUCUCUCACCUGUAUCCACCGAGCCAUCCUCUCGAACAUCCCACCAGCUGAAAGAAGCCGCAGUGCUGAACUCGGUGGAGGAUGUGCUGAACGGGAGCAUCGGGCGGGGAUCUCGCCGCCCCAGACCACAGAUCAGCUAUGCCGAGCCUAACCUGAGAGAUAAGAUGAGACGGCCUGGCAAGGGAUUAGUCGGGGCGGUAGAGGGCAUCGAGAAGCAAAGAGACAAUGCAUCGAGCGUCAGAGGUCCCAGUCUGGACCGGGCGACAUCCGAGGACGUGGGCAUCAAGCACGAGAACGAAACCGAUGGCGACAGUGAUAGGUGGAGAGACCUAGCAAUGCCCUCCUCGACUACUCGCAAAAAGGAGGAUCCAAUCAGCCCCUUGAAGGGCAAGGAAAGGAAAGACAAAGAAGACGAUGAGACCAGGAAGCCGGGCAAACAACUCAAGUUCAAGACUGCGGACGAGCUCGAGCAGGCUGUGGACCGAUUGAGUAUCUUCGAUCCACCACUCUCUUCUCCGGUCGAUGAUUCCACAGCCACACGGACACAGACAGAAGGGCACAAAUCGUCGAGGAGCUCAGCAGGCACAAGACGAAAACCGUUGUCCAGCGCUGCAACUACAACUAGGAGGCACUCUAUGCAGCCUUCUUCGGCCUCCUCAGGUCAAGCCGCCGGCCUCCCUUCUGCUUCUCGCCAUCUCGCUUCCGAUCCAUCCACGUCCGACGAUCCACAGGCGCCGCUGCCUCGACCGGGCUCUGCGGCAAGUCUGCGUGGAGAUGCCACGUCCAGCAGCAGCAGCAGCAGAACUUCGGCCAUCAAGGAUCUCAAGCGCUCGCACAGCGUGAGUUCCAGCCUGAAAGAAAAGGAGCCGGAAACCGCUGGGGCCGAUACGGGGCUCCACGUGAAUUCGAGGGUGGAAAGAGCACUGAACCGACGGCGGAGUAUGAUGGUAUAG